CACACCUCUUGUGUAUAUAUAUAGUUUGACGUUCCUGACAUAUCGUCUAUAUUGUUCAGUAUGGGAGCGAACAAAUCUACUCCCGAAAGUGGCAAAGUUGAAAGCAAAGAUGCAGGAGAUCAUUCUCCUUUACCAGAGGACGCUCAAUCCUACCAGGGUUCGUCUCUUGAGUGUUUAUCGGUAAGCGUUCCUGUUCAAAUGACACGCCAUUUUGUGUCUGGUUUCAGCGCUGGCAAAACUGCGCUAACAAGCGAUCUUGACUCUUAUUAUCCUACCAUCACAGGGUACUUUGAACAGGGCUACACAUUAAAUACUUUCUACCGAGUACCAGGGGUUGUCGUUCAGGCAGGCUUUCGUCAAAUGCAAAUACCAUUUGAGGCCUUGUAUAGCAGGCCUGUUGGGAUAACGUCAUGUGAAGACAGUAAACAGUUAUUGAUUGAAAAGUCUACAAUCAAUGUACAACAAUCUGGCAUUGGUAUCCAAUCAAGGCCACAUGAAACAGUUGCAAAUAGCUCGGUUAUCAUGAAUAAGAUUAUGCAACAUAGUUCUGUGGGUGGACGGUUGAUUUGUGUUGAGGUCAAUGGACUGGUCACCACCCAAGGAAUUUUUGAGAGAGGUGUUGGCGUUGAUGUGUUCUUUGAAAUUCCCAGCCAACCAACACCAGCGAAAUAUGUCUACCAAGCCAUCAAUGUUCCCAUUAGUUACACAUUGAAAAGAGGUUUCCGGCCCAAACCUACCUUGGAUUGUGACUGGUUGGGCACCUUGGCAACUUACUUAAAUCAAGGUUGGAAGCUAGUGGAAAUUAUCCUUGAUCGAUUUGAACAGCAGAAUGGUGCAUUUACAAUGUCUGCCAGCAUAAAUUCCGUGUGGAUUUUCGAGAAAGAGUCGCAUAAGCUACAAGAUCCCACUCCAGUUUUUGAGGGUGCUGUCCUCGAGUAUUUUCACAAGGUCGCUCGGGGACUCAGGGGAAUAUCUGUGAAGUCAGAUUGGACUCCAGUGAUUGCCGAGAUGGGUAGACGUGGAUGGGAGUUGGCGUGUAUCCAAGAAACUCCCGAGUUUUAUCGGUAUGGUUUUGCGAAGUUCGAAAUUAAGUUGAUCAUGUUUUUUCAAAGAAGGAUCGUUGCUGGAGAGGCGAUGACCCCACCAGCCCCACCACCUCCCUACCCUGGUCCGCCAUCUUCGACGAACCCCCUUGAUCAUAUUUUAACAGACCCGUCGCCCCCUGACCAACCAGCUGAAAAGCUUGAUCCUCCCUGUUAGGGUCGAUUUAUUCAAGGAACCUUUAAGAACGAUUUGAAAA